UGUAUGUGUCCUGGAGGUCUCAAGUUAUGGGGGGGAAUUAUGAACUGGUGUUUUGAUUUGUGUCACAUUUUGUUAGUUGUGUUUCCCGAUAAAGAAUGAAAACUAAAUAUAUUGCUUGUCUUAUCAGUUUAGGACAGCCUGAACAUUUGACAAGGGGAAUUGGGGAGUAGGGGAGUUGAGUAAGCCACAAAAUACAAUAGAAGUUAUAGAUAAAUUCGCCAAGGAUGAGUUCCCUUUUGUAGAUAAGAUUUCAAGAAAGACCUGUUUGCAGCACCAGGAAAGAUCUUCGGAGUAAACAAACUGGCUACAGACAGUCCAAAACAUCACACCUCGUUCAACAACAAACGUCAUUUAAAGGGGGCGAGGGCUGUCACGUGGCCAUGUCAGCUUCCUGUUUACCGCCUGUUGUACCUUCAGACUGUAGAACACAGAUUGCAACACCAGCCUCCACAGCACUUCUUCCACAACAACAUAUGCAGCACUGAGACCCUGCAGCCACAGGGUUGACUACUGUAUAACUUGAAUCCGUUUAUCGACACGGUCGUGGUUAUUUAAGAGUCAUGAAGACGUGACAUUGAUUAAACGUGAGCAGGCCGGGAAGGAUCCUGGAGAUUUCCUGAGUCCAGCUGACCGGAGUUCAGUAAGGUGGUGCUGAGAGUCGGGCAUCACUUCACCAGAUGUCAGAAACGCAAACAAAACAGUGGUGAUGUGGAGGACUACAAGGGUCUGAAAUUGUCUCAAAUGAGUAACGUUAUACGAGGGUUUUGAGUUAGUAGAAACGACCAAGCUACGCCUGGGAAGCUGAACUAGCCUGUUAGCUAGUCGUGCUAACUCCGGUAGCAGCAGUCGCCGUGGUGUGAGUGGCUGGCUGUGCGGGCUGGCUAACGGCUUGUGUUUGGAGAGUGGAGCAGCUCGCCGGUGCCCUGAAUUCAGGACGACUCCCCGGCUCCGGCCCCCUCAAGCGGGCAGUCAGGAAGAAGCUGGCUGGGAAGGGAUGGCCUCGUCGGUCUUCCCGUUCCAAAGGACAAGGAUCCGCGGUGUUUGAAGGAGGUCGAGUUCGACUAGAGGCCAUCACCGCAGGUCGAGGCGCUAUGAUGGCCGCCUCCCCCUCCGCGGCCGGUGGCUUUACGGCCUCCAGGCUGUCGGUCAGAAAGAGCGAGGAAAUAGCGGAUUUGAUAGAUUUGUUUUCCAAGAUGCAGUACAGAGCAAAAGAAGUCACUCCUCGGGUGGAGGCGAUAGAGAUGCGUUGUUUGGAGUUAUUUGCCAGAGAUUACAAGUACAGUAUCAUCCACAACUCCAACGGAGAAGUUUGUGGCCAUUACCCCCGGCAGAUAGUUUUCCUGGAGUAUGAAUGCACAGAUGUCGAGAGAGACAGGUUUGAGAGCACAGUGCAGAUCAGUAAGCUGCAGGACCUGGUGAACCGGAGUAAGCUGGCUCGCUGCAGAGGGAGGUUCGUCUGUCCUGUCAUCCUCUACAAUGGCAAGCAUAUUUGCCGGUCGUCCACUCUGGCAGGAUGGGGGGAGCUAUAUGGACGCACAGGCUACAACUACAUCUUCUCAGGGGGCACUGAUGACACGUGGACAGAGUCUGAGGAGGUUCCAGAGGAUGACAGUGCAGUCAGGAAUGGGGACUCCCAGCUGUUUGACAAGGUUCGAGGCCACGACAUUAAGCUGCUACGUUACCUCUCGGUUCGCUACAUCUGUGACCUGAUGGUGGAGAACAAGAAGGUUAAGUUUGGCCUAAAUGUGACAUCCUCUGAGAAGGCGGACAAGGCCCAACGCUAUGCAGACUUCACCUUGCUCUCUGUGCCUUACCCAGGGUGUGAGUUUUUUAAGGACUACAAAGACAGAGACUACACAGCAGAGGGUCUGGUGUUCAACUGGAAUCAGGACUAUGUGGAUGCUCCUUUGACAAUCCCUGUGUGCUUUACUCAAAACUUGAACAUUGACUGGACUCAAUACCAGUCGUGGGACCUGGUGGAGCAGACCCAGAACUACCUGAAGCUGCUGCUUCACAUCAUCAACAGUGAUGAUGAGAGUGGCCUCCUGGUGCACUGCAUAUCAGGCUGGGACCGGACGCCUCUGUUUGUGUCCCUCCUCAGGCUCUCUCUGUGGGCAGAUGGUGCGGUGCACGCCAGCCUGGAGCCGGCCGAGAUCCUGUAUCUGACCAUCGCUUACGACUGGUUCCUCUUCGGUCACAUGUUGCCAGAUCGACUCUCCAAGGGGGAGGAGAUUUUCUUUUUUUGCUUCAAUUUUUUGAAGCACAUUGUCUCAGAGAAGUUCUCUGCUGUUAAGAAACAGAGAAGGAAGAACUCCCACUUCAAAGACAGUGAUUUCACUGUGGAAGACCUCUGCCAGUUAAAGUUGAGAGAUCGCGGCAGUGUGACCAGUCUGAGCAGCGAGUUUUCCCUCAUCACUGAGGAGACGGGCGUCCCCUCCAGCCUCACACACGACACUGUGGACCUGUUCUCCAGCCAACCCCAGGCCUCCAGCUGGAGAAAAGCUACCACCUCCUCUCCUCAGAUGGUUGUUUGGAAUAAACAGAACCCUCUGGACGAGCACCUCUCCCAUCCACUCAACGAGGCCAGGUCUUCCAGCUCGUCCUCCUCCAACCAAUCAGAACACGGCGCUACACGCACUGGCAGCAGCCCGUUGGCUGUCCCUGGGAGAAGGUUAGCGGCAGACUACACUCGGUCAGGUUCCUCCCUCUCUACAGAGUACGGGAGUUGGCAGAUAGUUUCGGGCUGUGGCAGCAUCCAUGACCACGCUCACUUUGCUCCACCUCUGGCCUCAGCCUCCUCCACCUCGUCUGCUGUUGCUGCUGCCUACGAUUCCCCCCUGCCCUUCAGUUUUCAGGAUGAAGGACCCAGUGGACGAAUGUGUCCCUUCCCCUCUGAGCGUCAGGCCCGUCUGGAGGCAGUGCGGGAAGUCUUCCUGGCGGCCUACAGCUCCACUGUGGGCCUCAAGUCCUCGGUGCCCAGCCCCUCUGGCGCCAUCUCCGGUCUGCUGGAGCAGUUCGCCCGCGGGGUCGGCCUCCGGGGCACCAACGCCAUCGUCUGAACCCUCUCAAUGUGACUUCAGGCACUCCUUCUGCUUCCAUUGAUCCAUCCACAGUCGAUUCAACAUGUCUGGACUCAGUACAAUAAAGUGCCAAACAUCUCUGCUCAAUUCAGGGGUGAAGCAUUUAUGUUUUUUCUUGAAUUUGCUUUGAUUUUGUUUUCACACCUUACGCGCCCAAAUUUUUUCUGUGCUGCUCCAACUUUUCUCUGGAAUUUUUAUCAUCCAUGUUGAGUUCAUCUGUCACAUUCAGGGAGGGAAAUGGUUUCAGCCACAGUAUCAAAAAGGGAUAGUGAAAUGUAAAUGGCUGAGAACAUGGGGUCUGUACCUGCUACAGACAGAAUAUCAAGAAUCCUUCCUUCCUCUGUUCUUCCUUAAUCUGUUCAUAGUUUUUAAAAAUCCCUGAAGAGUCCUUUGCAGUGACCAUCCCAUGUACAGGAAGCGAUAUGUUUUUAGUUCUCUUGUUUUGUGCUGCCAUUCUUAAUUGAUCCAAACAGAGGAAAGUUCUUUUGUUCAGGUGGAUUUUGAAGAAGAGAUCAAUACAGCACACGCAGGUUCUAACAGAAAUGACACCAAGCUUUUUUCGAUUUCUAAUUUGGCACAGUGGGUUGAAAUCAGAAUAUCUAAUCAGUUUUAGAGCUUGCUUUGGGGUCUAGACUUAAAGGAGAAGGUUGAUAUUUCAAGUCUGUCUUAAUGUAAAACUCACAUGCCAUAUGAAAGUUGAAAGACUUACUGGCUGCUGUAAUAAUUCCUUCUGUCCAUGCUGGCAGUGAAGCGAUCCCUUCGUAGCGCGACUACACUACAGUCCUUGUUCAGCCAAAGCUAUUAUGAGGCUUCAGCAGUUUGAGUUAGUGCCAGUGUUUUGUCCUGGUGUUAUAUCAUAUUCUGUGACCUGUCAGAUUCUGUGACUUGAUUAGGAAUUUCAGUCUUGGCAAGAUCCCUUUGGAGUUAAGGAUUCACUAUGCAUGAAACAAACUAGUUCAUACGACAUGUCUGACCACGUCUAAAGGCAAAAGUGCUUAUACCUGUUCUGAAAGACCACAUUUGAAGUGCUGCGAAAAAGCCUGCUGUCAUAGAGUGGAUUAGGGAUAAGGGUGCGCACUUUCAGACAGUUUCUUGUUGAAGGCAUUCAUGGUGUUGCGAGAGAAGUUCAAAUCCUGCCUACUCUCUCACCUCCGCACACUUGGUCAGUCACUUUGUGAAGUGGACAGAUUGUCGGUUUCGGAAAGUGACAGAAACUGCCAGAUGCAUCGCCCCAUUUGCGCUGAAACCUUAAAGCCUUAGUGUGCUUCAACUCAAGUAUGCACAUUAGUUUGUACGAAGUGUUGUUCUAGCACGUCUAAAGGCAAAAAUGUUUAUAGCUGUUAAGAAUGGUCACACCUGAAGGUUGGGCGAAAAGCCUGUCAUCAUAGAGAGGGGGUGAGACGGAACGAAAUGUGACUUUUGGACCCUAUUUCUUACAGUGCAGUUGUGCUACAAAGUUAUCUCUUUACAGCCAGUAUUACAGACAGAAGGGAUGAUUACAGCAACCAGCAACUCUUUCGGCAUAUAUAUAUAUGGCAUGUGAGGAAGAUAGUCUUGAAAAAAAAUCUGAUCCAAUCCUUAUACCUAGAUAAGUUAUAUGUGAUAUUUUCUUCAUCUUUAUAAAAUAGGUUUUGAUGAAUAAACAUCUACAGGGACUGUUCCUGAAUGGCCUCACAUAGCAGUUUUUGAAAAUCAUAUUCCAGGGGAUGAAGCAACAAACAAAUCCAAGCUAUCUUUUCACCUCACCAAUCUAAUGUCUCCAUAUCCUCUACUUGAGUCCAUAUCCUGACAUUUCUUCUUCUUCUUCAGUAGCACUGACAUGGUAGCACAAGAGGCACUGAGCAUUGUGGUAGCAAAUCUGUGAACCGAAUGCCUUUUCAAUGUUCUUUCUCGCCAGACUCCAGGAAAGCGAGGUCCACGUGAUUCCUGCCUAUGCUGAGAUUUCCGCCCAGCUAUUAUCACACAACUGUUGUUCAAAAACAUGUGCGCCUUCUUUCAGGUCACACUUGGACAGACAAUUCUACCUGGGCUACUCUUAGCUAGAUUUAUACUUUUAAAGUUAAUUUUCUUGAGAGAAUUCUGUAGCGAGAUUUUAUUUGAAACUAGCUUGUCGGUGUUGCCAAAUGGUUUUGAUGGCUGCUGUACCUCAGGACCUUUUGUUGUGCCUUUUUUAUCUUCAGUAACACUGGAUCAGAGCUCUACUUCUGGUCUAGUUUCAGGUGCAUUUCUGUUUCUUAAAUGGUUUUAAGAGCUUGUGGUGUUUGCAGCUGUUAAUGAAAGUUCUGACUGUAGAGCAUUAGCAGUGUUAGCUUUGCAAUAAAGCUUUUGGAGUUUCCCCUUUAUCACUCACUUGGUUGCAAGAUUAUAAGUCUUUUUUUGUUGUACAGUAACAAAGCUGUUGUGGACACCCCUGAUAAGGUUGAUGAGAUGGGAUUUCAUUUGUCAUUCACCCUAGAUUAGUGAGAGAUUUACAUUUCUGCUUUUGAAAAAGACUGUAGCCGAAGAGGAUUUUAUUGAUUUAAGUAAUAAUUCUAAUUUUGUUAAAUACAUUUAUUCACUUUCUUUCCUAUAGUGAGAUUGACACCAAUAUCAUGUCUCUGUGUUCAGUACAGAGCUAGAGCUGGGACACGUUUAGCCUAGAUUAGCAUAAAGGCUAGGUGGAAAUAGCUAGCAUAGCUCUGUUUAAAGUUCAAAAACAUGCAUACCAACACCUUGAAAGCUCAUUAAUUAACAUGUUAUACCUAGUUUGUUGAAGCCAUACGCAAACAGAAAUGUAAAAAUGACCAUUUGACAUUUUAGGGGAAGUUAUGUGGUGUAACUAUUUCUUGACCAACAACAGUUUAUCUGUUAGCCCAGUAGUUCUGAGCAGCGUCUCUUUUUACAUUUCUGUUUAAGAAUGGGUUAAACAAACAACAUACGUGUUGAUCAGUCAGUUUUAGUGUUAGGUGUUAUUUUUUUUUUCAGAUUGGACGUAAUCAGGUUAGCGGUUUCCCCCCUGUUUCUAGUCUUUAUGCUAAGCUAGGCUAACCACGUCCUGACUCCAGCUCUGUACUUAAUGCACAGACAUGAAAGUGGUAUCUCACUCUCAGGAAGAAUUUGAAUAAGCACAUUUCCCAAAAUAUUCAAAUGUGCUUUUAAUUGGCAGAAUUUGGUGUUCUGCUAGAUUUAAAGCCAAAUUCUGUUUGGUUUGUACCACAAAACACAUUUGCUAAUCUACUUUUAAGCCAUUUGAAUUUUCAUCCCUUUUUCCUUGAUGCAGUAAGGAAUUUGUUAGUAUUUGGUUCAUAUGACCGCAUGUAUCAGUUCUCUGCAUGGGCUGUCUAAGUGGUAUAAUUUUGAAGUCAGACUUCAAGCAUGGCCUCAUCUCCCUGUCUUAAGCUUUCUUUUUAAGAUUUUAAGAUUUAAGUUCUUUCUAAUUCAAAGUUUCAAAUAAUUUGUUUUUACUUUCUACUGUAGCUGUUAAGCAGCCAAUCACAGGACACUGGCAAAAGCAUUGUUGUCAUUUUGAAAUUGCUGAAAAUAGUAAUUGUAAGAAAAUUCCUCAUCCUUAGUUACAUCAAAUACCCCCCUAAUAAUUUUCUCACUCAAUUUGUCACUUUUUUACUCACUGGUUUUACAUCCUCCAAGUUUAUCUCAAUUGUGGCAUAUAAUGGUUUUACUUGUUUUACAAUUCAUUUUUAUUUUAGAAUCUCUUUUUAAAAUGCUGCAUUGAUGUUCUCUGUGUAAAGAGUUUUCUUUGUACAGUUGAUGCAUUUCUAAGUAAUUCAACUUUGUGUUUUUUGUUUUCUUAAUUGUUGGCAGGCGCCAUUAAAGGUGAACUGAGCAGCAGGUGGCAAUUGUGAAUAAAGAAAAAAAAACAUA